GUGUUGAGAAUCUUGUCUUGUCGUCAACACUAGUCGGUAACAGACAUGGAUCUACGAACCAUUCCACAUCUUCUCUCUGUUCUUUCUCCUUAGCUUCUUCACUUUCAUUCCUCAAAAAGACACAACACAGAGGAAGUGAAGUCACUACUUCCUCUGUUCCAUGUUCUGUCGCCGCUGUUUCUCCAAACAAAAAACACAAAAAUGAGAACCGAUUAUUUGAAGCAGAACCUUCCCUUCCCCCACAGAAACAUCUUCCUCAAGUUGCUCCUCACCCUCUUCUUCGUAGGCCUCGCUUUCCGUAUUCUCUUCUUCCACUCCCUCUCCUCGCAGAUUUCCCCUGUUCUCGAAUCCCCAUUUCCUCAAAAAGACAUCUUAUCACAGCCCCACGAUCCUCCUCGCACUGAAGCUCUCUCACAACCAGUUUCCGAACCUCCACCUGUCGUGGAACAUGUUCCCGAACCUCCACCUGACCUGGGACGUGUUCCCGAGCCUCCACCUGUUCUAGAAUUCGUUUCCGAAACUGAAGAUCAGCUUUCUCCCACAGAAUCAGAACAAUGUGAUUACUUUAAUGGGGAUUGGGUCCGGAAUCCGUCUGGUCCAGCUUACACCAAUGAAAGCUGCGACCUUAUUGAACCUCCUCAAAAUUGCUUGAAGAAUGGAAGACCCGACAGAGAGUUUCUGUAUUGGAGGUGGGCUCCUAGACACUGUGAUUUGCCUCAGCUUGAUCCAAAGAAGUUUCUCAACAUUAUGCGGAACAAAGCCUGGGCACUCAUUGGUGAUUCCAUUUCCCGCAACCAUGUUCAAUCCCUGCUUUGCAUUCUCUCCCAGGUGGAACAACCUGUCUUAGUCUACCAUGAUGAGGAAUACAAGAGCAAAAGCUGGAACUUUCCCUCGUACAACUUCCGUAUAUCAGUGAUUUGGUCUCCAUUUCUUGUGGAAGCUGCUAUAUUUGAAGACAUAAAUGGAGUUUCGAGUUCUGAAGUGGAGUUACAUCUUGACAAACUGGACAGUAAAUGGACGGAUCAAUACCAGGACUUCGAUUACAUCAUUAUUUCAACAGGGAAAUGGUUUCUGAAAUCUGCAAUCUACUAUGAGAAUGACACCAUCUUAGGUUGCCACUCCUGUCCCAAGAGGAACCUGACAGAGCUGGGAUUUAACUUCGCAUACCGCAAAGCCUUGAAAUCUGUGAUGAACUUCGUAGUUUCUUCAGAUCACAAAGGGAUGGUUUUUUUCAGGACAUUCACAGCGGAUCAUUUUGAAAACGGGGAGUGGUUUAGUGGGGGAACUUGCAAUAGAACAGCACCGGUCAAAGAAGGUGAGAUGGAAAGAAAAUAUCUGAAUCAGAUGCUUCGUGACAUAGAGUUAGAUGAGGUUGGAAAAGCAGCAUCUGAAGCUUCAAAAACUGGUGUGAAGUUUAAGGUUGUUGAUUUUUCUGCACUCUCACAAUUGAGACCUGAUGGCCAUCCUGGUCCAUAUAGGCAAUUUCAACCAUUUGCAAAGAACAAAAAAGCUCAAGUUCAGAAUGAUUGUCUGCAUUGGUGCUUACCUGGUCCAAUAGACACUUGGAAUGAUAUAAUAAUGGAGAUGAUUGUGAAGGGGUGAGAAAAAGAAAACCAGUUAAAUUCCCCCAUACAUUUGUGAAUAUUGAGUGAAUUGUUACUCUGAUUCUUGAUAUUCAUAUUUAUACAGAAGGAUGAUGGAGAUUGAAGACAAAUAUAUUGAAUGUAGCAAAAGAGACUCUAAAUAUUAGUUUAUAGUUAAUUUUGAUAUGCAAGUGCAUGAGCAUGAAAAA